GUUGCCAACGGUUACGGCUUCCGUGUCAAAGAGGCGAAUUGACGUCAAUGGCAGUUUUGGAUUGGUUUCGACCGUUUCCGGUGGAGCAGAGAAACUCGUUCGGCAGUGGAAGAGAGCAUAAUAACACGCUAAAGCUCUAGAUCCAGAGGUCUAAAAAGACACAGGUCAACAUGGCAUCAAGCAGUGAAGAGGAGAGGAGCCUGCGCGAGUGUGAGCUCUAUGUACAGAAGCAUAAUAUCCAGCAGCUGCUGAAAGACUGCAUCGUGCAGCUGUGCACGGCGCGGCCUGAGAGGCCCAUGGCUUUCCUCCGAGAGUACUUUGAGAGACUUGAAAAGGAGGAGGCUAAGCAGUUGAUUAACCAACAGAAGGCAAGCUCACGUUCAGACUCACGUGAGGAUGAGGUUUCUCCUCCCAUGAAUCCGGUGGUAAAGGGCCGUAGGAGAAGAGGGGCCAUCAGUGCUGAGGUCUACACUGAGGAGGAUGCUGCCUCUUAUGUGAGAAAGGUUAUUCCUAAAGACUACAAAACCAUGGCAGCCCUAGCCAAAGCUAUUGAAAAGAAUGUGCUUUUCUCACACUUGGAUGACAAUGAAAGAAGUGAUAUAUUUGAUGCCAUGUUUCCUGUCACUUACAUAGCUGGAGAGACUGUUAUUCAGCAGGGUGAUGAAGGCGACAACUUCUACGUAAUCGACCAGGGCGAAAUGGACGUUUAUGUGAACAAUGAGUGGGCAACCAGCAUCGGCGAAGGUGGCAGUUUUGGUGAAUUGGCACUGAUCUAUGGUACUCCCCGCGCAGCCACUGUCCGAGCGAAGACCAACGUCAAACUGUGGGGCAUCGACAGAGACAGCUACAGGAGAAUACUGAUGGGAAGUACUCUGAGAAAGAGGAAGAUGUAUGAAGAGUUCCUUAGUAAAGUAUCUAUUCUCGAGUCACUGGAUAAAUGGGAGCGUCUGACGGUGGCUGACGCUCUGGAGCCGGUGCAGUUCGAGGACAGCCAGAAGAUUGUAGUACAGGGAGAACCUGGGGAUGAGUUCUUCAUCAUACUAGAGGGAUGUGCAGCUGUACUGCAGAGACGAUCUGAGAAUGAGGAGUUUGUAGAAGUGGGUCGCUUGGGACCUUCAGACUACUUUGGGGAGAUUGCAUUGCUAAUGAAUCGACCACGAGCCGCCACUGUAGUAGCCCGAGGCCCUCUGAAGUGCGUUAAGCUGGACCGACCACGUUUUGAACGAGUGCUUGGCCCCUGCUCAGACAUCCUUAAACGCAACAUCCAGCAGUACAACAGCUUUGUGUCACUGUCUGUCUGAACACAUACAAAACUCUUUAAUAGCAGGGUUCCACUCAUGCAGUUGGCUUUUAUUUCCUUUCUACUCUUCGUUUAUUGCUCACCAAUGUAAGCAUACUUCAUCUGCACUUGAACAUUGCACUUGCUAAAAACAGCAAAAUGGCAUCUGUUCUGUCUCAG